CAGGAGGUCCAGUCGUUACUAGGGGCGUGGAAUCAAUGUGUAAAAAGGGGACCUCGCAGUUGCGUAUAUUGUGCGAUGCGAAACGUGGGCGAGCUAUUAACGUUGUCAAUUUAAUGCUGAGAAUAUUCACCUGGACAUUCAAUGAGCAUUAUCUACGUUGAAGAUUCAUCGCCUCUGAAAGCCGUAUGAGACACUCGCGCCGGUAACCUGCAGAAAGCUCCACAGCAGGCGAAGCUCCCACCACAUCGGAUGAGACAGCCUGCAUAGCCGCUAGUCAUUUGGCGGCAACAGGGCUAUAUAAGACGUAGGCGAGGGAUGCAAGAUUGGAUGUGCAGACUGACAUCGUUCCUUUGAUACCCCCAUGCUGGAGAAUUGCGUAACCGAGCGGGUGCUGCAGGUCUUCCGUCCCCACUCCGCCUUAGUGUCCGGAACAACCAUAUGGCAUUCAUCUAGAAACGUCAGUGAUUCAAAAGUGAAAUCGCCAUGGAAUCGGGUACCGAGCACGAUGGAUUUAAAUAUCCAUCUGUUCCCAAUUCACAAUGUGAUCUCAACAUAAAUAUUUAUGAGACCAUCAGCGACGGAAACAUCAAUAAUAUGGGCACUUCGACAGUCGUGAGAGGUGGGAGCGACCCAAGUUCGUAUCCUCCAUCGAAUUAUCAGCUGAUAGUACGUCAAAGAUUCAUCAGGAGAAGUUUGUGGUUCUCGGACUCGGAUGAACAGGCCUUUGAGGUGCCAGAAUGUGACAACAGCAGUAAAAUCCUCAACAUAAACCUGCGCACGAUAGUUGACAGGACACGGGGGGCUUGGUCGGGGCCACAGGAGGGCUCCAGCACCGAGAGUCAAGGGGGGCAGAAAGACAGCGCCACAGAGAGUGCCAGCGCUGAUGAGAAGGAGAAAGCUGGGGAUACAUUGAACGUUACAUCAACCGACGGCAGUAAAAAUGCUAUCAGAACUGCCAGCGACGAGAACGAGGAAGAGGCCGAAAUGAAAGCAGUUUCCACAUCCCCUGGGGGACGGUUUCUCAAGUUUGAUAUUGAGCUCGGGAGAGGGUCCUUCAAGACUGUCUAUAAAGGUCUGGAUACCGACACUUGGGUGGAAGUUGCCUGGUGUGAACUUCAGGACCGUAAGCUGACCAAAGUAGAGCGUCAGCGGUUUAAGGAGGAGGCAGAGAUGCUGAAGGGGCUGCAGCACCCCAACAUCGUCCGCUUCUACGACUUUUGGGAGUCACCCCUCAAAGGGAAGAAGUGCAUCGUCCUGGUAACGGAGCUCAUGACCUCAGGCACACUCAAAACGUAUCUGAAGCGCUUCAAGGUAAUGAAGCCCAAGGUUCUGAGGAGCUGGUGUAGGCAGAUCCUGAAGGGCCUUCACUUCCUCCACACCAGGGCCCCUCCCAUCAUCCACAGAGACCUGAAGUGUGACAACAUCUUCAUCACGGGCCCCACCGGCUCCGUCAAGAUAGGAGACCUGGGGUUGGCCACGCUCAAGAGGGCCUCCUUCGCCAAGAGUGUCAUAGGCACCCCAGAGUUCAUGGCCCCAGAGAUGUAUGAGGAGCACUAUGAUGAGUCAGUGGAUGUCUAUGCCUUUGGGAUGUGCAUGUUGGAGAUGGCCACCUCAGAGUACCCGUACUCGGAGUGCCAGAACGCUGCACAGAUCUACCGCAAGGUCACCAGCGGGGUGAAGCCUGCCAGCUACAACAAGGUUGUGGAUCCUGAAAUCAAGGAGAUUAUUGGCGAGUGCAUCUGCCAGAAGAAAGAGGAGCGGUACUCCAUAAAGGACCUGCUGAACCACGCCUUCUUUGCGGAGGACACAGGGGUGCGGGUGGAGCUGGCCGAGGAGGAUGAUGGGAAGAAGGCGGCCAUCGCCCUGAAGCUGUGGGUGGAAGACCCAAAGAAGCUGAAGGGAAAAUACAAGGAGAGCGGCGCCAUUGAGUUUACCUUUGAACUGGAAAAAGAGAGCUCGGAGGGCGUGGCCCAAGAGAUGGUGGAAUCAGGGUUCUUCCAUGAGAGUGAUGCUAAGAUCGUGGGGAAGUCGAUCCGGGACCGCGUAGCACUGAUUAAAUGGAGGCGGGAGAGGACCGUGUCGGCCCGACCCCCAGUGAACCAGGGAGAGGCAGGACUCAGGGCCCAGGCCACCCAAGCCCAGGGCACCUCUGCUGGGGCUACACGGGCAGGACAGCCCUCUUUGAUUGAGGCCAACGAGCCAGAGGCAGACCAGCACGCCAGGCUAUGUAACCUUCCGGCCAGCGCAACCUCUGUCACAUCAGACAGUACCUUUGACAGCGGCCUGGGCUCCACUGUGUUUUCUGACUCCCACAGCAGCCAGCCCAACGUCCUCCACCAGUCCCAAGUGGAGCCCGUCACCAUGGCAACGCCGCAGCGUCAGUGUUUGGCUUCAGCACGUCCCCGGUCCUGUGAAAGGGGCGAGGGGUGGAAAGCAGCCCUGGGGCCGGAGUUCCGAGUGGGUGCAGGGACACGGAGAGGGAGUGCCUCGGUCAUUGACACUCUGAGGGGCAACAACGACAUCCCUCUUCACAUGCUCCUGCAACCUAUUACCUCUGGGUCCUGCAGCCAACAGAGAGCUUCCAGUCCCGCCCCCACAUCACCAGACGACCAGUCAGAGAGCAGCCCCUCUGAGUCCCGCUCUGAGGACGGCUUCCCUUCCCCGAGUGCAUUUCCUACCCCCAUCCUCCUGGCCCCCCCAUCCCCCACGUACUCUGAGGCCCGGCGUCAUAGUGACUCUUCUAUAGAAUCUCCGACGUCGGAAGGCACCAAUGGAAGCAGGUUGAAGUCAGUGGAGGCAGCAGUGGGGCGGAGGCACUCGGACCUUAGCACGCUGCAGAGCCUAAACUCUGCCCUUCAACACCACCAUCAUCAUCACCAAGGCGCGCCCAGAAACCACCUGUGCCAGGCCUGCCUCUCUCUGCUGCUGCUGAAGUCACGAGAGGGGGGGCACAAGAAGCACACUGCUUUUCCCUUUCCACCACACCCCUGUGCGUGCCCCCACCGGCACCACCACUUCUCCAGUGGGAUGACAACAACUGCAGGGUCAGGAGGGAUGAAAGGUCCAAGUCAUACAGGAAGUGACUUCUCUGACCUCUCCUUACUACAAAAGAACCUGAUGAACAUCAUCAGCCGUAAAACCACCCCAUCCAACCAGGGCCAAGCCUCCCUCCUCCACCUGCCUGCAGCCCAGCAGCCUGUACGGAGCUAUGGGGAUGGUAGUCUGAAGUUAACCCAGAGAGGCAGCUUCAGUGGUGACCACACAGCACCCCCCUUAGCCAGGCCCACACAGGACCACAAGGCCAGCUACUGUGCUGGGGAGCACCGAGCCACCGGGCCUCCGGGAGUGCCCAGUGCUGUGCAUGCAUUGCUCCAGAACCAGUCAUCUCUCCAGGGCCAGCCUGCCUCUGCCCCAUCCCUGUACACGCCCCUGCAGUACCUCCAGCCUGGCCACAGCUAUCCCGCCAGUCCCCUGGCAGCCCAACAGACGCCUACCGCAGCCGGCUACUCAGCUGCAGCUCUACAACACAGCCCAGCCUCGGCAACUUACUCAGCGUCAAACAUUCCUCUGCAACAUAACCAUACUGGACAUAGCUACCCAGCUCCAGCUCUGCAAAAGAUGGCAACAGCAGCAAGUCAUUCAACUGCAAAUGUACCACUUCAACAGCCUGCAGCAAGCUUUUCAGCAGCUACCCUGCCCCUGCAACAGCCGCACACUGCAGCAACUAUGCCAAUCCAGCAGACACCAACUCCACAGAGCUACGUUGCCCCAACUCCGCAACAAAUGACUCAAACUGCUGCAAGCUGCCCAGGUCCAUUUCUGCAACAGACUCCAACAGCAGCAAGCUUCUCAGCAGCAGUAGCCAUGCCUGUCCAACAUACUGUAUUGGCAGCUAGCAUAGGAAGUGCAACAAUACCCUCACAACCAGCUGCACAGAGUUACCCAGCUCCAGUGGAGCGUCUGCGACAUCUCGCUCCCCCACAGAGCUAUGCAUCUGUAGCCCCAACUGUGGUCCACACCGUACAUAUACCCAGUCUCCCUACUCAGGCUCCCAAUGUCGCAACACAGCCUCCAGCUGCUGCUGCGCUUCCCCCAGUCCAGCCUUGCCCAGUGCCACACAGCCUCCCAGCCACAGCCAUGCCUCCCAUUCUGCAGCCAGGCCAGUCUAGCCCCAUGCAUCACAGCCAACAGACUGUGCCGGUCCCCAUUCAACAGCAACAUAGCCAGCCAAUGCCCCAGCCCUCAGCACAACACAGCCAACAGCCUGUGCAGGCCCCCAUUCAGCAGCACAACCAGCAAACUGUGCAGGUCCCCCUACCCAAACACAGCCAGACAAUGGCCCAGCCCACUGUUCAACAGGCUCCAGUCGUCCAGAGCUAUCAGUCACCUGCCCAUGCUGUGCAGCACGGUUCAACCCUCCAGAGUUACCCCAACGCUGCACCCCUAAUGGGGCAACCGAACGCUGCUUCACAGAGCUACCCACCCACAGCCCCACACAUAAAACAGGCUGCACCAGUACAAGGCUACACGCCAACGAAACCCAGUGCGAUGGGUCAGGCCUAUCCAUCUGCUCUGACUCCACAGCAGGCUGCAGCCCCUCAGACCUACCCAGUGGCCCCCAUAGUGCAACAACAGACUGGGACUGCCACUCCACAGCACAGCCAGGCCCAGCCAGCUCCACUACCACUAGGCCAACAGAAUUUUCCUGCUGCUCAAAGCCUUUCCCAGCUCCACCAAUCAUCAUCUAGUCUGCCUUCCCAGGCAUCGCUGCCUCAGCAGCUAUUGGCUCAGGCCUCUGUCCCUCAGCAGCUGCAGCCACUGCAGAUCUCCACCUCUCUGCCACCAACACACCUUUCCCAGUUUUCCUCACCGUAUCCCAACAUUCAAGUGGUGACCUCUCUGACUGGAUUUGACAGCUACCCUCACCCCUGCCCUGUUCCCCAGUCCUACCCCUCCUCUCUGCCCCCUCUCUACCUCUCCCCAGGCCAGCCUGCCACUCUGCCCCCUCUCUACCUCUCCCCAGGCCAGCCUGCCACUCUGCCCCCCUCUGUCUCGUCCCUCGCCCCCUUGCAUAUAGAGAAUGCUCUGGCGCCCCCCACCUCUGUGCCCCCGAUAUCCUCACACACACCCCUGCUGGCCAUGACAGCACCCACACUGCCAAAGCAUCAGCAGAUGUACCCCGCUGCUCUGCAACAGAGUGUUAUGACACACACACACCCUCACACACAGCUCCCCACUCUCACACACCCGGUUCACUCACACCUUGCCUCACUGCCUGGACAACAGAACACACAACCGCAGAAUACACUCCACAUGCACCCAAACCCUGCUGCUGUACGCCUACCUUUUCAACACGUCACACACCCUACAUACUCACACCCCGCUGCUGCACCUGAACUUGCUCUGCCCAGCUUUCUGCCCUUAAGACAGCAGGUCCAGCAGCAGGCCAAGGCCCAGCUUCCAGAUGCCGUCCCCUUUGCACAGCCUUCCCAGCCUGCAGUUUUCUCCCCUCCAAUACAGACUGUGCCGGACCCUGGCACAGGUACUGCCGCAACCCAGCUUGACCUCAACCAGAACCCCAGCCAAACCCAGUCCCAGCAUCAGGCCCAAGGCCAGAGCCAACCACAGGCUCCAGCUCCACUACCCCCUGACUCCCAGACAGCAGCCCCUUGGCCUGCCAGCACCAGCCUGACUCAGCAGAACCAGGCCAGUGCCAGCAGCUGCUCAGGGACCACACUCACCUUGGGACAGGCUCAAACAGAGUCCAAUCUGGAGGAUCCUGGUGCAGAGAAGCAGGCUUCAGGGGCCAGCUACUCCUACGACAGUGUGAACUCCGACGCCACCUCAGGGAAGGAGAUGAGCGACGGUAACGAGGGGACGCACGGAUCAGGGAAGGGCGAGGGGAAGGUCCGGAAACACCACCGCCGCUCCACGCGCACCCGCUCACGCCAGGACAAGGUCAACAAGCCCAAACUCAGCAUGCUCAAUGUGUGUUAUACAGGGGAUAAGAUGGUGGAGUGUCAGCUGGAGACACACAACCACAAGAUGGUUACCUUCAAGUUCGACCUGGACGGAGACGCACCUGAGGAGAUAGCCACUUACAUGGUGGAGAACGACUUCAUCCUGCUCCUGGAGAAGGAGAUGUUUAUAGAGCAGUUAAAGGAUAUUGUGGACAAGGCUGAGGACAUGCUGAGUGAGGACACGGAGGGGGAAAGGAUCUCUGACCACGUGGGCAGUCCCCAGCAGAGCCACGGAGCAGUCAUACUGGGGGGAGAGGGGUCAAAGACGGCUACACCUAAUUCACCACAACUUGUGUACCAGCAGAACGUCCUCCACACUGGGAAGCGCUGGUUCAUCAUAUGCCCCGUGGCCGAGACGCCCACGCCAGACAGAGAGAGGACUUCAUCAGACACCUCUACAACCAAGGAGGCUCCUGUCACAUCAUUGUCUAGGUCCAGUUGCAGUACUACUCCGCCAGUGUCUGCCCCAACUCCUGUUCUUGCCCUGACCACCACAUCCCCUACUCCAGGCCCCUCUGCACCUCAAAGCUCUGCCCAGUCUCAGGACACCAAUGUGGGCAUGGCCAGAGUUCAGCAGCCCCAGGCCUCUGGAACCAAACCCUCCACCACCAGUGCUACGGCUGCUGCCAUGGGCCGUCGCAACUCUCUUUCAGGCAGCGAACCCUGCAUCUCCAUGGUAACAGACAUCCCAUGCUGCCCCAUCGUCCCACCUGUGUCCCUGGAUGUGAGUGGGGCGGGACAAAAAGGGAUGAGUGGCACUUCCUCAUGUCUACCCAAUCAGGAGGCCAGCCUGUCAGGAGACCCGCCCCCUCCCCUGGGCUCCCACCAGCCAGUGGUCCUGCAGCAGCCCUAUGCCAUGCAAAGCAUGGUGGGUGGAGGAGGUGGAGCCACAACACCAUCACAGCCCCAGAGUCCCGCCCACCAGGCGUCCCAGCAGCAGGAUGGACCUGGGGGGUCUGGGAGUGGAGGUGGUUGCGGCCUGGGGGAGUCUGAUGGAGAGGGCCCACCCAGGGUAGAGUUUGUGGACCGUACCAUCAAGACUCUGGAUGAGAAGCUGAGGAACCUGCUGUACCAGGAGUACACCCAAUCUGCUCCCUCCAGCACCGCCUCAGACCUCCAGGGCUCCAUCACAGAGGGGGUCAGCUCUCCCCCUGUCUCUGACUGCCAGACCACCUCUGGGGGGGGGCUCCCCAGGAAGGGAGAGGUGCUGCCUCAGAUUCCUGAGCGUACUGAAAGUUUGGGUACACUGAGUGACUCUGCAGGAUUGUUGAACAGGAGAGACUGUGUGGGCAGUUCCAGUUCCUACGUCUCCAAGAGCCGCUUUCAGAUCAUCCCCACUCCUCCGGACGUCAUCCGUCGUUUAGAGAACAGCAGAAGUGGCAGCUCCCCGGCUCCCUCUAGUGGUUUGGUGGGCUCUCGCGCCGCAGCCGAGGGGGGCGGCCCACGAGACCAGGGGUGUAUGGUCGUGGGUAGGUUCUCAGUGAUGACCACUGAAGAGGAUGCGGAAAACGCGCCCAAACCCCCCUGUAGUAACCGCUACUCAGCCCCCCCAGACUUGUACCAGGACGCCACCGCCUCUAGCCCCAACGCCACCCCCAUCCUGCGCCCACGUGCCCACACUGCUGACGCUGCCACCAACCACUCCUUUCACUUCGACUCUGACUCGGGGGAGGAGGACACCAGUAGUUUAGCCCCUCCCCUUGCCUACCACAAGACUCCGACUCAUGCCCUCCCGGAACACAGCGGAAGUGACCUCAUGAAGAGGGCGGUGGCCUUCCUGCGCCGCACCCGCCGCAGCAGUGUGCAGAGCUCGGAUUCGCCGAGCCGGCAAUCUGUGGUAGCUAAUGGCCACGCCAUCUCGCCGCCUGGACCCGGCCAUGUAUCAUACGUCAGCAGUGACAACGACUCUGAGUUUGAGGAUGCGGACAUGAGGAAGGAGCUGCAGAGGCUGAGGGAGAAACACAUGAAGGAGAUCUCUGAGCUGCAGGCGUUCCAGAGGAGUGAGAUAGAGCGUCUGUAUAAAGAGCUGGGGAAAGCCCUGCCGCCUGGUGUAGGCCAGCUGCACGCUGCGCCCCCUAGUGGCCGCAGGCGCAAGGUCAGCAAACACAAGCUGAAGGCAGGCAAGCUGCUCAACCCCAUGGUGCAGCAGCUGAAAAACAGCCUGAAUACCACCACAACCGUAUUUCUCUCUCAAGGUGAGAGUGCACCGAGCUCGUCUGGCUCUCCAGCUAAGAGCUCCAUUGUGUCUGACGGCUCGGCCCGCUCCAGUGGCAGCAGCAGCAGUACCAGCGGCAGUCGGCCCAGCAAGGCCCCAGAGCCUGUCCAGACCCAGCAGCCCUGCUCUCUCAAGGGCUCGUUCUCUUCUGACAACAUCUACGGUGGAGGCAUGGCCACACACGUAGGCCCAGGCCAAGGCUGGACGGUAUACCACCAAACGUCAGAGAGAGUGACCUAUAAAUCUAGUAGCAAACCACGCGCUAGAUUCCUCAGUGGACCCGUGUCUCUGUCCAUCUGGUCCACACUGAAACGACUAUGUCUAGGCAAAGAGCGCAGUAGUAGGUCUUCUCACGACGCCAGUGCAACUCAGAUGGCACCCAAUCAGCAACAGCCACCAGCUGUCCCCAAUCCUUUGCCAUCUCCUCAACCAAUGACGGUGCUAGCUCAGGCCCAGACAAACAACAGCAACAACAAGAAGCCAGGCACUUUCACGGACGACCUGCACAAGCUGGUAGAUGAUUGGACGAAGGAGACGCUGGCGGCCACACAGCCGCGGCCCUCUCUGAACCAGAUCAAACAGCAGAGACGCAUGCAGGACCUGGAGGGUCAAGCCACGCCCCUGGGAGGAGCCACGCAGGAGGUGAGAUGUCCCAUCCCUCCAAACAAGUUCCAGCUGCCUUUGUCGUGCCCGCUGACAGCUGCUUUAGGCCCAGCCAUGCCCACUGCCCUGAGCUCCAACCCCUCUGCCAUGCUCCAGCCCGGGUACAUGGUACCAGCAGGCCCCUACGGAGGGGUGGUGCCCGGCCCCCUAUACCCCCAGCAGUGGUCUGGUAUGCCCAGCCAGGCCUACCCCCUGACCCUGCACAGCCCUGAGAACGUCCCCAACACCAGGACUACCUAACGUGACAACUAGCACCCACUAAACCCCCAUCUUUCCCCAUCGCCCCUGAUGCUCAACACAGACGGCCCCCAGAUGUUCCCCUUUAUCCCAGCACACUCACAUCAGGACUGCCUGACUAACAGGUUUUAACUAAUCCUGUGUUGCUAACCUAACUUCACUCUGUCCCCCCUGGUUCUAACUCCAGGAUUACAAUUGUAACGAAAUCAAACUCUUAAAAACUUUUAAUAGAGUGAUGGGCUGAAAAAUAGAGGAAAGUAGGGCCCACACAAUUAAAUGCUCCAACAAAUGGCUUAUGGAUCAUUCCACCUCAAAGCACAAGAAAGAUGAUUGACACCCACCAUCUGAUUGUGUUGAAAUAUUUUCUGUAGUUAGAAACCGAUGAAAAUGUUUGUUGAGAUAUAAAUUGAACUCUGAGAAAUUAAGCUAAUUGCACAAAAUGUGCCAUUUUUAUUUAUAUGAUUCAUAUAAUCUUCAAUAAAUAUAGUACCUAACAUCCGAUUUGGACCAUAAUUCUUCAUGACAAUUAGUAAGACAUGGUAUCCAAUAAUAUGAUCAAAAGCCACCCACGGACCCAUGUGAAUCUGGUGACAGUUUUUUCCCCUUUUCACAGAAAUUUGCCUUUUGAAGUCUGUUGCAUAAUUAGAAUUUUAUAUUCCUUUUUUACAUUUAACCUUUACUUAACGAGUCAGUUAAGAACAAAGUCUUAUUUACAUUGACGGCCUACUGGGGAACAGUGGGUUAACUGCCUUGUUCAGGGGCAGACAGACAGACAGAUUUUUACCUUGUCAGCUCGGGGAUCCUUUCGGUUACUGGCCCAACGCUAUAACCACUAGGUCACCUGCCGCCCCAUUGACCAUCGAUUUAGUGUGAAAGUACCCUGUUUUGCCCACUAGGUGCCACUGUUUCUGCUACUGCCACACCCUUUAAUCAAUUUUGCUGGUCUCUUGUGUUUUAUUAAAUGGAUCACAACAUUUUCUUUCACUUUUUGCAGAAAACCAAUAGCUUUUGCUCGUGAUGAAAAUAAAGUGUAUGGAAAUCCUCACAAUUCAAGCAAAGUCCUCCACUAAAGUAAUUGUUUGUCCUUCUCUUAGGCUUAAUCUGUGUCUAGAAAACAGCCCCUCUGUGUGUGGUUUAUUCUGUUAAAAAAGGUUUAAGAUUAGUUAGGUCAUUCCUGUUGAACAAGCAAAACAUUAGGCUACAGCAGUUCUAAUGGUUUCAAUGUUAGGGUUUCGAAUGGUCUUUAAUGGUAAAAGUCCUAAACAUAGUGUUUUGCAAUGGUGUUGGGUUGUAAUGGUAAAUGUCACUUAUCACACUACACAUAGAGAUGUUUUCUAAUAUUAUUUUUUAACAUACGACUGCAAUGGUUUAAAACGGUAUUUUAUUAGGAUUGUCACAUUUGCAUCACCAGCCAAUUUCUCAAGUUUUUGGGCUUGUAGGAAAAGUCUUCAUAUUGCACCAUAAGGAUAACCCCCUCAGGGAGCUGCCAUUUGUUGGGCUAUUCAAGAAGAGUUAGGUUGAAGCAUUAGGUUUCUAAGAGAAUGACAAACUGAAUUGCUUUCAUGGAGGACUGGCUUGAAGGAUGACCACACAAUCUAUUUUCAUCAUGAGUCAAAGGUGUUGGUGUUCUACCCAAAGUUGCAAAAUAAAAUGUUGUGAUCCAUUUAAUAAACACGAGAAACCAACAAAAUUGAUAAGAGUAUGGCAGUAGCAGGAACAGCGGCAUCUAGUGGGCAAAUGCUGGUACUUUCACACUAAUUUGUGUUAAGUAAUGCAAGCUACUUCAAUGGCUAAUUUCUCUGAACAGAUUCACAAGGAAUACAUGACAUGGGAUGAAGAAGCAAUAAUCCAAGCCGCAGCUCCAUACUACUUGUCAGACAUAGAGAACUGAUACUGUAUACUUGUUGUUGGGGUGGGAUUGGUGUGGGGGGUCUGUGGGUGACUUUAGACCAUGUUAGUGGAUUCCUCAUGUCUUACUCAAUGAUCGGUAGACGUUUGGUCCAAAUCGGACGUUGGGUACUAUAUGUAUUGAAUAUUAUGUGAAUCCUAUCAAUUAAAAGGGCUAAUUUGGGUGCAAUCAAUUAGCUUAAUUUCUCAGAGAUCAUUGUUUUUCUGAACAAAAUAGUGUUGCGGGUAUGCUAAUUUGAUCUGUUUCUAACUACAGAAACUAUUUCAGAACAAUCUGGGAUGGUGGGUGUCAUGGCUUGCUGAAAUGACAUGGAACGACUCGUAUGUGUUGGAGCAUCUGAGUACUGGUCCCUACUUGACUGUACUACUCACCCCCUCCAGUGUUUCUAUAUGCAGGAUAGUCCUGCUCCACUCUUCUCAGAUUGUGGUUUGACGCUUUAUUAAAGAGCAACACACGUGUAAAUAGCCUGUGAGCUUGUAAAUAUCCAGUGUGCGUGUCAAUAUACUUUAUACAGCACCGGGAGUUUUCCUGUGUGUAUGUAUACGUGUGUACAGUAUAAAUGUUCUGUGUAUGCGUGUGUCCGAGUACCUACUGCGUUUAGCUUUGGUCUUGUCUAAACUCUCACAGCCAUACUUUAUAAUAUCAGCGGUCACAAAUGUGAUGUUUUCACCAAAUCCGUCAUAAACGAUAAGUACUCAUGUUUUCAGAUUGAUUUAAAAAUAAUAGUUUACUAAUGUUUUGUCAACCUUAAAACACUACAUUAGAAAUCAAAAUUCAAUGGUUUAAGAUGAUGGGGCAGGAGACCUGUAUUUAAGGUGAAGUUCUCUGGAGGAGUGUAGUGCCUUGAACAUUGAUUUUUCUGUCCGCAUUUUCUGUCCUUUAUCCAAGAGAUUUUAUUUCACGAUGGCUUUCUUUUUUUUUCUUGGUUUACAUUUGAAUGCCCUUGUAGCACUGCACUAUUAACACAGUAUAUGCUUUUAUUCAAGUAAUAAAAUCAUGUUUUUAAUCUUUGUUUACUCCCCACCCCUGUGAUAUUUAGAACACCAUAGAGGUGAGAUGUACAGUUGAUGUACAAUUUUUAAAAGUCAAAACUUUAACAUUGGGUAGUGUCCUAGGCAUAGUUAGAAUUCUUAGAAUUAGCAGUCCUAUUCAAGUAAGCGUUCCCCAGUGGGUGGACCAAUUGAAUUUUCAUUCUAUAUUUAUAGAAUGAGGGGAACCCGUAGUGUCCAGCUCAGAAUGUAGCAGAGAGGCAGGUUUGCUGAGCAAGCCUUAAAGUGCAAUUUCACCUAUCCACCUAGCUUUCGUAGCGGCCUUCCCACAAGCCUUACCCAGGAACCUGCAACAGGAGCUAGUUUAUUUUGUCGCCGUUUAGUUGAACCUAAGUUACAAAUCACAUUGAAAACAAUAACAGCAGUUACAACUGCAAAAUAUUUUCUGUUGGGGCAAGAACAUGGUUCUCCUUUUAUUAGGCACAUUAUGUGAUUUCUUUAGUGCAAUCACCAGUUAUUAUUUACUCGUCUAAAGUAUUGCCAUUGUUUUAUGUUUCUAAGCUUGAUUUUGAUGCUGCUAGUGUGUCUGAGGUGGAUCCACUGUAAGUAUGAAAGGGGAGUUGAUGUGUGUUUUUAUCUGGACACGAUGACACAGUGGAGUCCCUCCAGUAAUAAAACCUUUGUCAGAGGGUGAGUUUUCUCAAUGAGAUUAUAUUCAUGUCCAGCAGUGUUAUUAUAUUGCCUUGUUGAAAUGAAUAAGUGAUGUAUCAUUUCCUAGGUGGUUAUUGAUGAUAGCCUUGCUUUUCUGUAUUGUUUUGAGUGUUUGAUUUCUCUGUUCAGAACGAAGCAUGCACACUUCAGAUGGAUACUUGAUUUGCACAGCAUGACCUGUGUUCUGACUAUAGCCCAUAAUAUCGGUUCCAACACACCUAUACAUAAUGAGGUUAACCUCCCCCGCCCCUUAUCCUCCUGACCACUGAAGAGCAUGUCUGUUAUUUUCCAUACAGCCGGGAUUAACAUUACUAUACCGCCAUUUAGAAAUGUCACAGCCACCACCACACCAGUGAAAGGUUGCAGCACCCCAGUCUUGCCAAGCUGUGAAUUGUACAGUUUUCCUGUCAUUAAUAUUCAUAUAUUUUGUUCAACUGUUUUGGGAUUUCACGUCGGUGUAUAUUAUUCCAUCAAUUCGGUUUGGAGUGGACUUUUUAUAGGAUAUAAUGCAGAGUUGUCUGCUUUGGCGAAAUACUUACAGUAGUAAGAGACUUCUGUUCUCUGUUACUCGUAUCUGACAUUACUGCUACACCUCCCUGUCUGUUACACUUAGUGAGCAGAUUUGGAAAUGACUCUGUUCGAAUAUCCACUGGGAGGCAACAUUCAGAUCCAUAGAAACUGAUCGUAUAGAACAGAUGUGGUUCUCUGUGAGGCAUAGAGAAUAGUGCCUGUUCUGAUCAUUGUAUUUCUAUCAGUUCUGAGUAACAUUGCCUCAUUGAAUAUGCCUGUAAUUGUGGAAGGCUUGCACUAAAGCUCUGUGUCGGAUUGCUUCUGCCUGCUGUGUAUCACUAGAUUACCUUACCAACCCAGUCAGCGCACUCAUCACAGACUGUACAUGUUUAAAGAGAAAUAAACAUUAUUUUGUGCUUGA